GAGAAUAUCAACUAUGGUUGUGUGCUAUUCAAGAAUGUGAAAACUUACAAGGUUUUAAAUUACAUCAACUUGAGCAUAUACAUACCCAGUUAUCCAGUAGUGUCAGUUCAUUAUAUUAAUUACGUUUAAAAUGAACAAUAACAAUGACUUUAUUAUGUUACCGAGUGCUGUUACUUUUGUUGAUAAUAGAUUGUGUUAUAAUGGACAAAACUGUGAAAUGAUUCCGCUGUCAUUGGCUAAUAUUUAUGGAUCAAAAGUAGAAAGUUUAGAUUUAAGUUAUAACGAAUUAGUUAGUAUACGAGGAAUUGAGGAAUUUAGGAAUCUAAAGGAAUUGAUACUUGAUAAUAAUCAACUAACUGAUCAAAUUGUGAUUCCUUAUUUACCGGAAUUGCAUACUUUAUCUUUAAAUAAAAAUAAGAUUGAAGACCUUCCUUUGUUACUUUCUAAAAUAAAUACAAAUUUACCGAAGCUAACGUUUCUCAGUUUGAUUGGUAAUAAGGCAUGUACUAACGAACUAUCCGGAAAUGAAAACGAUGAAAAAGAUUAUCAAAGAUACAGGUGUUACGUACUAUAUCAUCUUCCGAAUUUGAAAUUUUUGGAUUCGAGGAAAGUUGGAAAAUUGGAAAAAUGCGAGGCGAAACGUCGGGGAAAAUUUAUGAACGUUAUAAGACCAUGUGUAUCAAUACCGUUUAUAGAUGUGAAUGAAUUGUGCUAUAAUAGUACGACGAAUGCAUUUAAUCCACUUCCGAGAACUCUUAGAAAUCCAGACGACUAUAAGGGUGCAUAUGGAAAAUGUCAAUAUCGUUACAGUGGAAAACAUUCGGAAGGAAAUCGAUUUAUUUCAAAUAAAGAUUUAUGAAUUUUUUUAUUAUAUUUUAGUAUUUUGUAAUAAAAAAUAUCUCAUAUAAA